UUGGUAGGAAUGAGUGUUCUGGGAGGUGCGGUUGUCGGUAUUUACGAUAACAAUUGUCAUCAAAAAAUAAUUUUGUAGGUGUGGUGAUUGGUGGUGAUUAACAAAUUAUAAGUUUUUAUUUUCGGUUUAUAAAGUAUUGUUAGAAGGCAUUGAAAAUUAACCGAAGAUGUCGGCGAGGCUUCCAGCUUGUGUGAUUGAUGUUGGCACUGGCUAUACAAAAAUUGGAUAUGCAGGAAACAAGGAACCCCAGUUUAUCAUACCUUCAACUAUAGCCAUCAAAGAGACUGCUAAAGUUGGAGACCAGAAUCGUAUGAGAAUGUGCAAAGGGGUAGAAGACUUAGAUUUUUUUAUUGGCGAUGAGGCUUUUGAAGCCUCUGGGUACUCAGUCAAGUACCCAGUGCGUCAUGGUUUGGUUGAGGAUUGGAAUUUGAUGGAACGUUUUCUUGAACAAUGUAUUUUUAAAUAUCUUAGAGCAGAGCCUGAAGAUCACUACUUCCUAUUAACAGAACCCCCAUUGAACACACCAGAAAACAGAGAGUAUACAGCUGAAAUUAUGUUUGAGUCAUUUAAUGUUCCUGGACUCUACAUUGCUGUGCAAGCUGUCUUGGCACUAGCUGCAAGUUGGACGAAUUUGCCAAUAGAAGAUCGCACACUGACUGGUAUUGUGGUUGAUAGUGGUGAUGGUGUGACUCACGUUAUUCCUGUGGCCGAGGGCUAUGUAAUCGGUAGUUGUAUUAAGCAUAUUCCAAUAGCUGGUAGGAAUAUCACAUAUUUCAUUCAAUCAUUGCUCAGGGAAAGAGAAAUUGGAAUACCGCCGGAACAAUCCUUGGAAACGGCGAAAGCAAUAAAGGAGAGACAUUGCUACAUUUGUCCAGAUAUAGCCAAAGAAUUUGCCAAAUACGAUACGGAUCCUAGCAAGUGGAUGAAGAAGUACGAAGGCAUGAAUUCGGUAACAAAGCAACUUUUUUCGGUGGAUGUUGGCUAUGAACGUUUCCUCGGUCCGGAAAUAUUCUUCCAUCCGGAAUUCUCAAAUCCAGAUUUCACCACGCCCCUUUCUGAAAUCGUCGACGACGUAAUCCAAAAUUGCCCGAUCGAUGUGAGGAGGCCUUUGUACAAUAAUAUUGUAUUAUCAGGAGGUUCUACGAUGUUCAAAGAUUUUGGUAGAAGGUUAGGAAGGGACAUCAAGAGAACAGUUGAUGCUAGGCUUAAGCUUAGUGAAAACCUUGGAGGUGGCAGGAUCAAACCCAAGCCCAUAGAUGUGCAGGUCAUUUCGCAUCACAUGCAACGCUACGCCGUUUGGUUCGGUGGAAGUAUGCUCGCCUCAACACCAGAAUUCUACCAAGUUUGUCACACGAAAGCCGCCUAUGAAGAGUAUGGUCCUAGCAUUUGUAGACAUAAUCCAGUCUUUGGUACCAUGACAUAAUUACACCCAGUUAAUUUAAUUAUAUAUAUAUUUACUUCAUUUUUUAUUGAUUUUAUAUUACAUUUUGUAUUCCACAUUUACCAUUUUAUUCCAAUAUUCUUCUUCUUUUUUUAAUCAAUUGUACUUGAGGUGUACAUUCAAUUGUAUCUAUGCUAUUUAUAUUAAACAAUGAAACAAUUGAUUUUGUAUAAAGUUAUGCAGGAAAGGGGAAGAGCAUGUUUACUAGAAUCACUUGUUAAUGCCAACAGCCAUGGAUAAAUUGGAUUUAAGGAACAAUAAAUACAAAUGGAACAAUGUGUACUAUCAUCAGCAAAAUAAUACGCACUCUAAUCGAUUCCAAUAAUAAAACAAAUUCAAAGUUU